AUGCGCAAAUGGGCUCGCCGUCCCGAACAAGCUGCGUUUGCCCUGGCUGCUGCGGGUCGCAGAGAAGUGUGUAACCCGGUAGGCGAAACAGCCAGAGCCGAAGCGUUCACUGCUCGUUUCCGUGCAGCGACAGGGAAGGAUCUCGCCUCCCUCAGAAACGGCCUCGCGCUGCCACCCGACCUUAUUUCACGAUCCGUGCUGAUUUCGUUGGAUUCACUGAACAAGACACGAGGUCAGGGCUCGGCGAGGCUGCGCAUUGAAGCCAGUGUGAAGAACAGCCUGUCAGGGAAUCAAGCGGUAGGAUUUGCAGGUGCCAUGUGCGCUGCAAACAGACCUCGCCGCUGGCAGAAGAUGCAACAGAGAACUCAUACAAGCAGCCCUGCUUUAUGGAGGCCCUGGAUGCUCACAGCAAGAGACGGUGAGAUAACAGAGAAUCAACAAAUGUCAGAACUGGAUGGUCAACUAAUAAAUUUUAGAUCAAAAGGAGCCCUGGGGUUUCAACAUCCAGUGAGACUUUACUUGCCCAAGUCCAAAUCCCAAAAGUUUCUUCAUAACAUUGGAGAGAAGGUUCUGGCGAGUUUUCCAGUACAAGCUACAAUUCACUUCUACAAUGAUGAUGCCGACUCUGAGGAAGAUGAAGAAGAAAUCAGUUCAGCCUAA